AUGGAAACUUGGUUAGUAAUAACAAUUUUGUGCCUUCUUCUUUCACUAAUUCUCAAAUUCAUAAGAAACCUUAUUUUCCCUAAAUCUCACCUGCCUCCAGGACCUCCCAAACUACCCAUCAUAGGGACAUUCACAUUGUUAAAUCAAUUCUUUAAAGAUCCUAAAACCCUUCUUCAAGAUCUUCAUGCCAAAUAUGGUUCAAUCUUCACUCUUCAAAUGGGUUCUAACACCGACAUUUACAUUGCCAAUAGAUUUCUUGCACAUCAAGCAUUAAUCCAAAAUAGCACCAUAUUCGCUGAUCGCCCUGAGGCGGUUCCCACAAAGAAGAUAAUUAGCAGCAAUCAACAUGACAUCCUCUUUAGCUUCUACGGUCCCAUUUGGCGCCUCUUAAGACGCAACCUCACUUCAAGAAUCCUUCACCCUUCACAGGUUAAGUCCUAUGCUCAAGCGCGCAAAUGGGUGUUAGACAUUCUUCUACAACGUCUGAAAAAUGUUUCACAUGAAAGAAACACCGAGGGGAUUUUUGUCGUUGAUCAUUUUCGAUACGGAAUGUUUUCUUUGUUGGCUCUCAUGUGUUUUGGGGACAAACUAGACGUGAAUCAAAUAAGAGAAAUUGAAGAAAGUCAACGCAUCAUGCUUCUUAACUUUUCUAGAUACAAUGUUUUGAAUUUUUGGCCACCUAUUACAAAGAUACUGUAUAGGAAUCGAUGGAAGGAAUUUUUGAAGCUGAGAAGUGAUCAGGAAGCUGUGUUGAAUCCUUAUAUAAACGCUCGAAGGAAAAUCAAAGAAGAGAGAUUAAGGACUGAUAGAGAGAACAAUCUCAAUGAAUCACAUGGUGAAUUUGUUUUGUCAUAUGUAGAUACAUUGUUGGAUUUGGAGUUAUUGGAAGAAGAUAAUAAAAGGAGCCAACUUGAUGAUGGUAAAAUUUGUACUUUAUGUUCCGAGUUUCUAAAUGCGGGAACAGAUACAACUUCAACUGCAUUGGAAUGGAUCAUGGCGAAUUUGGUGAAGUACCAAGAUAUACAAGAAAAACUUGUACAAGAGAUUAAAGGGGUGAUUGGAGAUGAUAAAAAGGAGAAAGAAAUUAGAGAAGAAGAUUUGAAAAAAAUGCCAUAUCUUAAAGCUGUAAUUUUGGAAGGGCUAAGGCGUCAUCCACCGUUGCACUAUGUUGCUCCUCAUAGAGUGACCGAAGAGGUUGUUUUAAAUGGUUAUUCGGUGCCUACUUUUGCAUCUGUGAAUUUCUUGGUGGCGGAGAUAGGGAGAGAUUUUUCGGCUUGGGAUGAUCCUAUGGCAUUUAAACCGGAGAGGUUUAUCAAUAAUAGUACUUUCGAUAUAAUGGGGAGUAAAGAGAUAAAGAUGAUGCCAUUUGGAGCAGGGAGGAGAAUGUGUCCUGGCUAUGGUUUAGCAUUGUUGCACUUGGAAUACUUUGUUGCCAAUUUUGUUUUGAAUUUUGAGUGGAAAGUUGUGGAUGGAAAUGAGAUUGAUUUGUCAGAAAUGCUUCAAUUCACAACUGUCAUGAAGAACCCUCUAAAGGUUCAUCUAAUAUCUAGGUUUUAGUUAUUUUUAGAACCAA